GGUAAAUUCUGAAUACUUACAAGACCUAGACUUAUAGACAGUUAAUGGAGCCUGCUGCUUAUGUUCUUUUCGAUGAACUGCAUGAGCAGUUCGAUGAAUUCCGUUCGAUUUUAUCCGGAAAGAAUUCCAUACCUAUUCGCCUCCUCUGCCGCAUGUGCGCCUACAAUUCGAGUGAUUGUUCAGUCGAAGUUAUUUCGCCAACGAAAGGAAAUGAAUUCCCAUGUCUAGUUGUCAGUGCAAGCUAUUUACCUGAUGAAGAGAAGCAGAACUUGGCCGGAGCUGCCUCGAAAGAGCGCUUGGUACAGUUCACUGGAGACUUAACUGCACUUGAACAUACGAGAGGUUAUAAACUGAACGCCUUUGCUUCCGCUUUCAUGGAUGGUGUGGACUUAAGUGUGUAUAGAUCCAUCGUUGAACUGACGCGUCCGUACAUCAAGUACCUUCCACCCCUAUGAUUAGUUCAUUCCCCUUCA